ACGUCAGGCCGGCGCGAGCUGCGAUUGGCCAGAGCAUGUGGUGUGGGAGGGCGCUGGUGCAAGUGGUUGGGCCCGCGGCUCGGGGGCGGAGCCAGGGAGCGGCGAGCGCUGCUCUCCGGGCUCAAAAGGGGCGCGAUCCUGGGCCGGCUCGCAUCUCUGGCCUGAGUGUUUUAGGACAUAUCAGACAAUUUGUAACAAUGCCUGAAAUAAAGACCAAUCAUCUAGAUGAGAAACAAGUCCAACUCCUUGCAGAGAUGUGUAUUCUUAUUGAUGAAAAUGAUAAUAAAAUUGGGGCUGACACCAAGAAGAAUUGCCACUUGAAUGAAAACAUUGACAAAGGAUUAUUACAUCGUGCUUUUAGUUUGUUCUUAUUUAAUAGUGAAAAUAAGCUUCUGAUACAGCAGAGAUCAGAUGCUAAAAUUACCUUUCCAGGUUGUUUUACCAACACUUGUUGUAGUCAUCCGUUAAGUAAUCCAAGGGAGCUGGAAGAAAAUGGUGCCAUUGGUGUAAGGCGAGCAGCACAGAGGCGUUUGAAAGCUGAAUUAGGAAUUCCUUUGGAAGAGGUUCCUCCAGAAGAAAUGAAUUAUCUAACACGAAUUCACUACAAGGCACAAUCUGAUGGUAUCUGGGGUGAACAUGAAAUUGAUUAUAUUUUGUUUAUGAAGAAGAAUGUAACUUUGAAUCCAGAUCCCAAUGAAAUUAAAAGCUACUUUUAUGUGUCCAAGGAAGAACUAAAAGAACUUAUGAAAAAAGCAACCACUGGUGAAAUUAAGGUUACUCCAUGGUUUCAAAUUAUUGUGGACACAUUUCUCUUUAAAUGGUGGGAUAACCUGAAUCAUUUGAAUCAGUUUGUUGACCAUGAGAAAAUUCAUAGACUGUGAAUGUGUAAAUGAAUGAUUAUUGAAAAAUUUCCUUACCUAGUAAACUUAGGAUGGUUUUAUUAUUUUAAAAUUGGAUUCCCCAUUAGGACAACUUUUAUGAUAUUUGGAUACAUUACAUCCAGAGUUUGUGUGGGGGGAAAAAAUUCAGUUGGCAUAUAAUUUUGUUACACACCCGAUCUACAUGCACUGUUAUUUGUAAAAAACAUUUAUGAGAGAAUUGUAAAAUGAGAGAGCAAAUAAAACGUGAACUGUCCAAAUACAUGGUUAUAACAAAUUGAAGAAAUAGUAAAGUUCUUCAUUUUUUUUUAUAUUUUUAAAAAUAUUUUCAGAACACUCUGCUUGCUGUUGGCCUGGUGCUUUAUAUAUAAAUGAAUUUGUAUCACACUCCAGAAAAAUGAGCAAAGAAAACUGUUUGCUUAGAUCCUUUAAAAUAUUCCUUAUUAACAGAUUAAACUGUCAGAGCAGGUUUAAGGGAAACCUGUGCACAGCCACCUCUGGGUAUCCACACAGGUUUUGUUUUGGGACUCCCUUCAUACCAAAACCCUUAAUUUGCCUAUGAUCUACACACAUCUUCCUUUACACUUUAAAACAUCUCUGGAUUAUUUACUAAUGUAAAUGCUACAUAAAUAGUUGUUCAAUGACAAAGAAACGUUUAAUACACAUGUGAUUUUUUUCCCAAAUAUUUUUAAUCUACACUUGAUUGAAUCCUUGGAUAUGUAACACAGAUGUGGAGGGCCAACUGUAUAUCCUAAUUUCUGUCAUUCUAAGUUGCUUUUGUGAUUCAACCUUUCUGAAAGUAUCAUUUUGAUACUUAACAGUCAUCUGUUAACUUUGAGUAAUGAUUUUUUUUAAUAAAUUUUCUUUUAAAAAGUA